AUGACCACUCCUUCGACCGAAAGGCACAUCCGAGACCGAACUUUAAAGCAGAAGAUGCGAAGAGGAACCCACAGCUGCUCUGAGUGUAAAAGGCGCAAGGUGAAAUGCAUUUCUAUUGCUGGCCAAGAAAGGUGUAAAGAAUGUCAUUUUCGAGGGAGCAGCUGCGUUGAACAAUGUCCCAACAGUGGAAACACGUCAGCCCAGAAAACAAAGAGCAUGCGAGAGCGAAUUUCAGAGCUAGAGGCGAUUAUCCAGACCCUUCUUGCAGAACGGGGGACCGAUCCAUCCGCAAAUCAGUCUCAGCCUUACAUUGAUGAUGUCGAGUAUCCCACCCCUGUGCCAGCCGACAAUUCACCGGUAGCCAAUCUACCCCCUCAUAUGCGAUUUGCGUACCCAAAACAUAUCGAAUCCCUUUGUGUCUGUGCUAAAAUUUUGCAGAUUGCUCCUGUGAAUGACCAGCCCACAGUUCAUACAAAUUCUCACUCUAGUGGUCCAUCAACCACUAGUAGCUUUGUUGAAACAACAGAAAAUGGGUCUUGUGGCGAAGGAACUCCAGGGGAUGCUAGCGACAAGGCCUGGGUUAAUCUGAGGACUUCGAAAGACCAAUAUACCCGGGAAAAGUUGUUAGAAUGCUUAGAUUCUGGCGAGAGGCUAGAUGAUGCGCUUCAGAAAAACGAACAACGAUGGAUGAUCUGGCGCUCCCGUAUCUUGGCCCAUCCUCCAAACGAAUCUUUUGCAAAUUGGGCUAAGAAUAUUAUCCAUAAUGGGGCACCGUCUGAUCUUGGCACGCUCAUCUUGCUACUAGGCACUGGAUCAGAUCGAAAGGGCUCACAGAAUCUGAUCCCUCUAGUUGCGACUUUGAUAACAUCUGAUGACGACUAUACUACCACAUUAUCCGGAAUAGAGUGCUCCCUUCUACUCUCAGACUACUAUUGCAGCAUUGGGCAACCAAGGCGAGCUUGGUUAGCCAUUCAGAGAGGAUUGGCAUCUGCUCAACUAAUUGGUUUACACCGCCGAAGCUCUUCACCGAUAGCAAGUGGGAUAAUGCUACUCCUGCAUUACGAGAAUCAAUUUCUGAGCCUUCUGCUGGGGACAGCGCGUGGCAUAUACUUUCAUUGCAGCAUUGAAUACGCAAGAGAAGAUAUCAGGUUCUUUAAAUCUGAAAUGGGCGCUAUUUGCAGUAAGUUCUUGAUUGGAACACAAGAUCAACGGGAGCCGUCGCUAUCACUAGUCCUUGAACUCGACCAGCAGCUCCAAGCUCUGAUUCUUGCCAUGCCAACGACAUGGAAAAUAUCACAAUCGGAACAUUCAGAGUCAGCGCAACUGUUGUUACCUGAUAUCGAACAAGAUAAGAUUCUGAUCCAGAUACACAUACAACAAUUGCGGACAUAUCUGUAUCUGCCAUUGAUGCUUGGCUCAGGUUCUACUCAAACUAUGCCUCCUCACAUGUACGAGAUGAGUCGGAUAGCUUGUCUCGAGUCCUCAAGGGAGCUGCUAAGGCUCUAUCAAUUCCUGUCUCAACAGUCUUCAUUCGAAAAUACACUUGUAGACUUUAUGGGCUUUUCAGCAGCAAUGCUGAUAAUUCUUACCCUACUUGGCUGUCCCAAAUUUCGAAUGGGGAAUGAGAGUUCUAGAAGAACAAGUAAUCAAGACGAGCAAGAUUGGGGAAUCAUUGAAACAACCAUCAGCAUAUUGAACGGUAGAGCGGAAAGUCACGAUAGUAAAGUCAUCAGACAAUGUCUAGAAGUCUUGCGCGCGUUG